AUGGAAGAUGGUGAUACAAACAGAUUACCAGUAUUCCUAUCAGUAAGCGAAGUUGAAUUUCCCAUUACUGAACGCUCACCUCGUCGUAUAGUCACUGUUUACAAUCCAUACGGAUAUCCAAUUCAGUACAAAGUACUGUGCAAUGCGCCUGGGAACUAUUCAGUGCCUAAUCCUAAAGGAGUCCUGCAUGCAAAAAGUUGUAGAGAUUUAGUCGUUAAAUGCACAGCGAAGCUUAGUGUUGGUACAAUUGAUCGACUUCGAAUUGAAAUUAUGAGACCUGGUGAGGCAGAGAACGCCGCUUCGUCGCAACUCGCUUGCUUGGGUAUUGCGGUAGUUUGUGCGGUGGCCCUCAUGGCUCCAACUCAAGGUGAUCCAGCUGCUGCUGAUUCAAUUCUGCCAAAUCACUUGCAUCUCACUGUGCCUCAGAAGCUUGUUGCCGCAUAUAUUCUAGGUGUUGUAUCUAUCCUUCUACUCCGCCCGAUGACAUAA